GUUAGGGUUGGGGUUAGGGUCACCGUUGGAAGAUUUAAAAGAGUGAAAAAGGUGACAGGGUUAGGGUUAGGUGAAUAUAGAGGUUCAAAGGUUUUAAAUACUCAGUAGCCUACUGAAGAGCUUUUAAAGCUGUCCCUUUAAGCGCCAUGGCAGCUGGGUAUAGACUUGAUUGCUUGUCCAAAGUAACUAUUGUAUAUUGUAAUAUAAUUAUGAAUUAUUACUUUCAGCAAUACAGAGUUCAAUCUUUUCUUUUAAAUGUCCCCAGAUGUCGUUCUUAUUAAUUUCAUAGCUAAUUAGUUUCUUCUUUUUUUGCUCCUUUAUUGUACAGAUGGUUAAAACUGGCCGAUAUUAUCAUUAUAAUUAAAUACGUGAAACUGUACUCAGUGUAUUCCAAACACGACACACAAAAGAACUAUUGAAGGUAAACUUCAGUGAAAUUCCAUCUUCAUACCUUUGACAAGUUUCGGUUCCGGUUUAAUAGCCUACCUCCGGUCUCAAACAGGAAGUGAUAGGACGUGAACCAUCACAACAAUAAAAUAAACGAUCUUUGGAAAAGUCUAACCGUUUCCAUGGCGACUGGCGUCCAUAGCAACCAAACUCUGGAGUAGAAAUCAAUGUAACCGAUAUAAGUGCAUUCCUUUGCUGUAAUGUUUUAAAAUCUCUUCAAGUACCUAUUUAACAAACACAGAGUCCUAUGUACUUAAAUCUUACAACAAUAUAAUUUGGAAAAAAUAAUCCUUUUAGGUAGAAUUUUACCAAAAACGAUUGAAAGUGGGGUAGUAAUUGAAUUCAUCAGUUUUGUUUCACUGCAAUCAUAUAAGCAAUAGUCUUAGUCAAUUAUUAUUCACAUAAAGAGGUGCCUCUAUUAGUUAUUAAAAAGAUCACCUGCUUAGAGCAGCUAAGACUGUUCAAUGUUACUGAUCAAGUGCUUUGGUCAGAUUUAGGUCACUCAUUCCUUAUUAAUGAACUUACAUGGUAGUCUUUGUGCCAGCUCUCCAGUUUAUCCUGCAGCACACUGAAGGAAGAUGUGUUGGUAAGCCUCCUUAAAUUGUCCGCCAUGUCCGAGCUUGAUUUUUUUCCUUUUUAUAAAAGUAGUUUUAGGAAGGCACCAGGAGGGACGGGAGGACACAGCCAGCCAGCCGGACGGACGAGAGGGUAGUAAAAAUUCUUCUCCACCCACAACACCGAUGCAGAGCUGCAGUUGUAGCAACCAAGCGAGGAGGCGAGCACGACAACCAAACGUUCCAGUGUUUUCAAUGAAAACCUCUGAACAGAAACUACAGGCUGUCAGAGCUCUGCAUGCUCUGCUCUCCGGUCAUGAAAAUACGGUAGUAAUGUAAUGUCACACCGUCAAACGACACCAAAGGCCUCCAGACGAAAACCUGAGGCUCAGUGACACAGGGACUACAUGCUGAUGAUUCAACCAAUGUGGCUGUGCUGGAUUGAAACACAAAAUUAUACAAUGGGACGUGAUAAAGGGAGAGUAACAUGUUAAAUCUGACUCGCAGUUUAUUUUUAUGUUUAUUAUAUGUCUGGAUUUGCAUGUCUGCAGCUAAAACCAAGUAGAAUAUGGAGCAGGGUAUAUAGUUUUCUCAUAAACUCUGCAAGAAGCAAGCUGCAAAGUAUAUUAAAUACCAUAAUAAUAACAUUAUUAUUACUACUAUUAUUAUUACUAAUACUAUUAUUAUCAUCAUUUUUAUUCCUUUUUUAAAAUAUUGAUAUUUUUGAUUUAUUGUAUAAUUAUCAGUAUUACUGUGAUUAAUAAUAUAAUGUUUAUGAUUAAUAAUGAUAGUACAUCUUAAUUGCAACUGUAAUGGUGUUAUAUUCGUUUGCUUGUUUGUUUAUUAUUUUCUGUGGUUAAUUAACAAGCUGAGCCUUAAAAGUCACAGAAGGUAUUGUUCAUGAAGUGUCUGCAGAAGUUUGUUAAGCUAUAAAAAGAUGUUUACAUAAAGUUUAUCUUUGUGGACCGCUUGGCAGUUUACUUUUGGAAAAUAUGAAUGGGGAUGGUUUUCUAUUUUUGGGUCCUUGUGUCAUUGGCCGGUUGAACUUGGAAUAAACCAUUAUUUAUUAUUGUGGAAAUUCGUCCCUUUGUGUUGCUUUUUUAAAUUCUAUUGAGGACAUUCUGUGACGAUCUAAACAAACCAAAUUUGUCUACUAUUAUUUUUUAAUUAUGAUAACCUUUUAUUUGUGAAAAAUAAUCAGCACUGUUUAAAUACAAAAAGCCUGAGCGUUGUUAUCUCCCCUCGGUAAAGUGGUUCAUUCCUGUCACUCUGCGAGCAAGAGAGGGAGGGUCAACAUGGCGUCUGAACAGGUCCGUUAUCUUCGAUAUUCGUCUCUUUUUCUUGCAUUUAACCCUGUUUUUCACUCAAGUUUGUCAUGAGAGCAACAACCUGUGUUCUUUACAAUCUGGUGUGAUUUUGAUUAAUGUCCAGGGCUUUUUGUGGGACCUUUGCUAAUAUCAUUGUAAUAAACACUGGCCUCCUCGUCUUAUAAUGGAAGCGUUACAUGUAAAUAGAAAUGCAGUGAUUUUAGCAAAGCUACUCUUUCUCUGCUCUCUUACUUUGACAAUUUAAAGAGCAUUUAAGAUGUAACACAGUAAAACAAUCGAGUGUAACUCUGCAUACCUCUAUUUUGCUGCUAAAAUGGUCGCAGUUUAUUUUUAGUUAUGGCCACAGACAGACAGUCGCAGGGUAUUUAACUGAGAUACAUUCCUUUGCAGAGAAGCAGACACUUCAAAUACAAGUGAAGUCAUUUAGUGGAGAGUUUCAUGCAUUAUUAUCAGACAAACUGUAAUUGUUUAUAUGCAUGUAAACAUAAAGAAGGAAAGAUCUAGGACCACUCAGUCCUAUAAAAACAACACGUAACUUUGGAAAUGUUUGGAAAUGUACACAAAUAGAUUUCUUGAAUGAAUUAUUGCAGAGAAAUUUCUAGGAUUUAAGAGCAGGACUAAGCAGUAUUACAGCAGAAUAUCAUUGCCUUGACUUGUAAUACAUCAUGUUUGCAUGCGCCAGCUUUGACUAUAAAAGAUUUGGGCCUAUCAAAGUUUUUUAAAUGAAGUUAUAAUUUCUUGUCAGUAGAAGUCUUUAUGCUGUGAGAAUUAAGUUGAAACUUAAUGAGAAAGAAGUGAUCAUUGCAGGUUAUGGUUAACCUCUUCAACAAUAUCAUUUAGGGGGAUUUCAGAAGAGCAGUCCACUACCAUUAUUAAAGAGGAAUGUGGGUUAUCUUGUGAAGUCAUACUUAACAGAUGAGUAACAACAGCAGUUGCAGAAGCAUGCUCGGACUAUCUUUCAGGCUGCCCUUCUUCAGGUUAAAUUUAGUCUGGUUUGCACAGUCUUGAUUGAGUCUUGAUACACAUAACAAUGAGAUGAUGACAGAGAAAAGAUUGAGUUCUCACUGAGGGUUUAGAUUUUGUUGGUUUUGAUGCCCCCUGUGGACAAAGAUGUAGAUUUAUCACUUGGCUGAUCUUGUCAUCUGCAUGCCAGGGCAAAUCUCAUCCUACUUUUUAACAGCAAAUUGUGAUUCACUAUGAAGAUUCUCUGUUAAAAUAUGAAAAAGGCUGUUUUAUCAAUUUUUUAAGCAUACUGUCAGUGAUCUAGUCUGAUGCCCUUUUCCACACAGCAGUUUUGUAACAGCCAGUAGAAUAUAAGAUAUAGUUUGUCAGUUAUGUUGCUAAUGGUUUCAUUGGAUUUUUCGAGUCAUAAAGAGGCAUCACUAUCAAUUCCAGUCUGUUUCACAACCAGUGAAAAACUCCUAAUAGAGGCUUUGAUGCAGCUGACUGGCUGCUUCUGAUCUUUCCUCUCAAAAAACCUCUGAGCUUGACUUAAAGUACGGCUUCAUUCACUGAAGGCCCCUGAGAGGAACUUUUUCUGUUUCUGUUAAAUUUGGCACCCCCAUACUGUUGCUGCUUUUGUCUCAUCCUUGCAAAGGUUAUUUGGGGGGGGGGGGGGGGAGCUCUUUCAGUUAUGUUUUUGACCUGAUGUGAAUAUUUAACUGUGGGUAAAGUAACCAAGGCUGUUUCUUUAUUAACUUACCCCCUCAGAGCAGUUAUAGCCAUUUAAAAUCACAAUAUAGAAACUGUCAAUCUUAUCAUCAAUUGUCUCAUUUUCCUUUUAACAACAAAGAGACACAUCGCUGUUCAUAAAGUCUGUGUCAUGACUGAUAAAAAAUUACUCACAGGAGCUAUAAAUGAUGGCCCUAAUCUUGAAAAGCCACACUUUAAUUUUGAGAAUUUACAACUUGUUUCCUACUCGCACAUAAAAAUAUUUAAAAAAAAUGUUUUAGGCAACAGGGUUUGCCUGAUGUCUGAGACCAAAACAGAGCUGCCAAUAAAAGUUUUUAAUUGCAAGUUGGACAGUGUGCAGUAUCCUUCCUUCUUUUGUGGACAUUUGUCUCUUUCCUACUCACCUUCCUAAUGAAACAGAUGUGUCAAAAACUUUUUCUAUUUUGAUUCACACUUUUACUCCUGAAAAAAAACAUCUUGUUCUAUCCUCAUGUAGCACUAGUCCUCUGACAAAACCAAAUAAAUCAAGUUAAAUAAAAGAUGAGAUUUUGAUUAAACAUAAUUUGGCUCUUUGAACAGAAAUCCCUAUCAAUAGAAUUUACCAUGUCCCUGUUUUAUGGCUCCUUGUGACAACACUGCUAUUUCAGUCAAUUCCUGCUUUUUACCUUCAAGGAGCAGUUUUAUUUUACAGCGAAUCAGAUCCCAUAACAUAUCAUUUUGCGUUAGUUUUGCAGUUUAUCAGUAGGAACAAUAUAUUGCUGAUGUUGAUUGAGAUGUGCAUCAUAUCAUACUGUAUGAAGCCCUGUGAUUCCCACCCUUGCUGGUUUUAAAACAUCUUUAAAAAUGGAUAAUCCAUAAGGACUUUUUGACCAGAGGAAAAUACAUUUUUCACACGUUUUUGCAAGAAAAGCAUGAACACAAUCAGUUACUGCUACAUAAGUAAUUAGAAUGAGGUUAAUUUGGUCCAAAGAGUCAAGCCUGUGUACACAGAUAGCACUGAAGCCUUAAAAGCUGAGGUUAUAUAAAGUAAUGUUGAUCUACUGAUUCUUUCUGGUUCUACUCACUCAAUGAAGAACAGACACCACAGGUUUGUUUUGCCUCAAAGUUUGUUUUGCCUUCCAGGAAAGCUCCAACGGGCCGGUGAAGAAGUCCAUGCGUGAGAAAGCAAUAGAAAGACGCAACAUCAACAAGGAACACAACAGUAACUUUAAAGCUGGAUAUGUGCCCAUAGAAGAAGAGCGUCUUCAUAAGACAGGGCUGAGAGGACGUAAGGGGAACAUGGCUGUCUGCAUCGUCGUCCUCCUCUUCCUCCUCGCCUUAAUUAAUCUCAUAGUGAGUAAAGAGUAAAUAUGUCCUCUGACUAAAAUCUUGAUGUCAAUGUGUUAAAAAGGUUCAUACUGAAUCUUAAUGUGGCCCCUGUUGUCUUUCAGAUAACACUGGUGAUAUGGACGGUGAUACGAAUCGGUCCAAAUGGCUGUGACAGUAUGGAGUUCUUUGACAACGGCCUGCUGCGCUUUAAACAGAAGGCAGACAUGGGCAUCGUUCACCCUCUGCACAAGAGCACAGUGGGAGGACGCAAGGACCAGGACCUAGUCAUCGUGGGCAACAACAACCCGGUAAGAAUCAUUCUGUAUUUUCACAGUGAACCCAGAAACAAAGAAAACGUUUAAUACUAAGCUCAAUUUAAUAACUUUUCUCUUUUAUUUUACUCUCUGUUUGUCCCCCCAAGGUCGUGUUCCAGCAGGGCACCACUAAGCUGAGCGUAGAGAAGGAUAAGACCUCUGUGGUCAGCGAUGUCGGCAUAUCCUUCACAGACCCCCGCACACAGAACACCUUCUUCAGCACAGACUUUGAAAACCACGAGUUUCACCUGCCUAAAGGAGUCAAAGUUCUCAGCGUCAAGAAGGCGUCCACAGAGAGGGUGUGUACGACACUAAAUACAUCUGAUAGUGGUGACAGAGGAGUGGUUCAUGUGUUAUGUGUUGCACAACCUGUGGACAGAGCACAGUCUGUAAAGCACUUCCAGUGUUUAAAUGCCACGGCGAUUUAUCAGUUUAAAACAGGGAGUGAACAGAGUUUGUUGAUUAGUAACAUUUUAAGACGGAGAGUUGAAGCCGUUUUGCAUUAUGGUUUAAAAAAUAACCUCUGCAUUAUUAACACAGAAGUAAUCCUACCCAAGAAUUGAGCUUGAGUAGUUUGCAGAUACAUGGCAAAAAAAAAUAAUUUCACAAUGACAUGGAUCUGAAAAAGGUUGAAUUACUUUCCAAUGCUUUGCACUGUGCUUACAAAAUUCUCUUCUGGUUCUAAUUUCAGAUCACAAGCAGUGCAGCCUCUGACUUGAACAUUAGAGGGGACGGUAAGGCCAUCAUUCGUGGAAAUGAGGGUGUCAACAUCAUGGGCCGGACUGUGGAGUUCAAAAUGGGUGGAGGCAUCGAGCUCAGGGCUGUAAGUAUGAAAUGAUGUUAUAUAUCUUUUGAUUUAUCCUCUAAUCUGUAAGUGCAGGUUUCACAUUCACAAAAAAGUCAGAGCAGUUGUUUGAAAUUGCAGACAAUCAAAGUCAUCUAAGUUUAUUGUAAUAGAGAAGAAAGUAAACCAAAAUAUUCACAAUUAAACAAUGAAAAAAGAGAAUUUGGCUCUUUCUUAUCCAAACUUAACUACAAAUCACUGACGUGAUAUUUAGUAGUUGCAGGUUCACAUAUCAUGUGUUUCUCUAUGCAGGAGAACAGCAUCGUCCUCAACGGAUCAGUCAUGUUCAACGCCACACGCAUCCCUAACUCUGCAGGAGAUGUUUAUUUUGAUGAAGGCAUGGACAGAUACAAACUCUGCAUGUGUGCAGAUGGGACUCUGUUCCGUGUGCAGGUCAAGUAUCCCAACAUGGGCUGCCAGACUUCAGAUAACCCGUGUAGAAAAGCUCGCUAGGAGACCUCUGCUGUUACAUCUCUCGACAAUCUGUCACCACUGUAGUCAGAUUACACAUUUGCUUUUAUAGGUCGUUCAUCGUGACUUGCACAUAAUAAUAAGGAUAAUACCUCUGCAGCUCACCUAACAUUAUUUGUCUAUUUUGGCAGUUUCCAAAACUGGAGAUUUUGUUACAGAGAAUUACCGCUUGGCCAAAGGUUAUAAGAUAAUUUUAAGUGCCAAAUUACUAUUUUUUUGUUGCCAACUAUCUAAAAUGCUUUAUCAAUGCUAAACACACCCUGUAUUCAUCAUUUUACUUUACCUUUAAGAAUGCAAAAUAUAAAGGCCAAGCUGGAGUUUAUCCUGUUUGCCUUACUGUCCAGUAUUAUCAAUGCGUGCAGAGGUGUUUCAUAAGGUUUUAUUUUUAUUCAUUGAUCUGGCAGCUGGUUUGUUAUUUUCUUUAUUGCAUUCAGUAAACUUACAACACUAAAAGACUAUAAUAACUUUACAUUAAAGCUGUAAAACAUAAGGUACAUUUAAGGCUAUUUUAAAGCAGACAAGGUCUUGUUCUGCAUAUUUUGGGCUGUCUUUCAUGCACGUGCCAAUGGAUUUACAAGGGAUGAUGAAGAAUAUAAUAUAUAUAUAUGAAUACUCUAUUGUUGUUGCCAAACCUUUUUUACAGCCUAUAGUACAUUAUUUAGAAUUUUAAAAAGAGUGUGUGCACUACAGAUAAAUGCAGUUUUCUGUCAAAGUUUAUGUUUUUGUGUGUCAGGAAAGUUUUAAGAAGUCUCUUGGUUUUAAUUUUGUGCAAUAUAAAUAUAAAAGAUUUGACUUUUAUUUUGCUUUGGGUUGUCUUGAUUGUUUGUCAAGCUAAUGUUGAGCAAUUUCUUGCUUAUCUCAUGUAUAAUAUUGGAGUAUUAGAAACAGGUGUCAGAAGAAGAAUGGUGGAAGAUUACAGGGUGUUAGAUCUUGGGACGUAAGUUGAAACCUUUCAGAUAAUUUUUAUCAUAAGUAGAAGUUAGUUAUAGGAAAAAAGAAAUCCAUCUAUAAUGAUGUUUUGCAUCACAGGGAUUUUAAUUUCUUAUUUUAAUUUCUUCUUGUAUGUAAAAGUUUGACUUUUUCCUUGGAGAGACGAUCUCCUUCAUUCUCUUUAAUACUCUUCAAACCUGCAGUGAGAGGUUGAAUCAUGUUUGUAAUCAUCCUCAUGGAAUAAAAAAGUUAUUAGCCAAAUCUAAAAAAUGUGGCCAACAUGCCAUUGCUGUGUUGACUUAAUAAAGAUGUUGCCAUGUGAAACUUCUUAUCAUUGGUUUCA